AUGCCCUCAGUCUGGUACCCCAGCAACUGGCAGACCGCUGUCCCAGUUUCGUCUGAUGCCAGUCCCGAUACUCCGGUCCCUACCUCUGUUGGCCCCAUCACCAUCACUCUCUACAGCACUCACGUCGGUACCGUUACCUCGUGUGCUGCGGACGUGACAAACUGCCCUGCAUCUUCUCUUUCGACCACUCUGAUCCCCACUGCUGUUACCGUCACCAAUGUGCCUUCAGGCGUCGCCCAGCCCACCGGCGCUGGUCUCACCUGGAGCAGCGCUUACUCUGCCGGUGUUUCAUCUCUUGCUCCCGAAGCCUCGAGCGCUGUUCCUAGCGACAACCUGACCGAUGCUGCUCAGGCCACU